ACCAAUGGCACUCUACCCCUGAAACAGAGGAAUGUUAUCGGAGCCAAUACAGUUUUGCUAGGAGGUCAUGCUCAUGCGAACAAUACCACAACUAAUUAUAAAAAAAUAAAUAUGAUAUUAACAAAAAUAAAAAAUACCAAUGCGAUAAACUGCGUUGAAGAAAAAUAUACUAAAGGUGAUUCUAUUUAUAAAAUUGCGAAGGAUCAAGCGCAAACUAUACAUAAUGAAGGCAAUGCAAAUGAAUGUAAACCAUCGACUCGUAUUGUUUUCUUAAAAACUCACAAAACCGGAAGUUCAACGAUGACUUCGAUAUUUCAAAGGUUUGGAUUCACGCGGAAUUUAAGUUUUGUAAUUCCAAAAAAAGGUCACGUGAUUAGUUCUGGCUUAUUCAACCGACGUAACGUCAAUCCUGGAAAGUAUGAUAUGCUGGUGAAUCAUGUUCGCUACAACCGCCAAGAGAUGGAUGCCGUUAUGAAACCAGGCACGAAAUACAUCACCAUAUUACGUGAUCCAGCAACACAGGCGGAAUCGGUGUUCGGAUACUUUCAACUAUUUAAACCUUUAAAUUUAUCGAAAGGGGCAAACGCAUUUGAGAAGUUCAUAUCCCAACCACAGUUGUAUAUGGAUAAAUACCCGAAGUUCAAGAUGCGAAGCUAUUUACAAAACCCAUCCUUAUAUGAUUUAGGAGUCGAACCGUCUCAACAAUCAAACUUAACUCAAGUCAAGUCGUAUAUCGACAAGUUAUCACAUGAAUUUGAUGUGGUUCUAUUGCAAGAAUAUUUUAACGAGUCUCUACUUUUACUUAAAACAAUCUUGUGUUGGGACUUUGACGAUAUUCUGUACAUUAUUAAAGGACUCCGAAUAAAUAGCCUAAGGUUCGAACUCUCUGAUAGCCUCAAAACGAAGUCACGUGAAUGGAAUUUCGCAGACGUAAAAUUAUACGAUUUCUUCAACGCCACGUUUUGGAAGAAGGUUGCCGAUUACGGCCCAAGCUUUAAAACCGAUUUAAAGAUAUUUGAAGACAAACUAAAUAAAACAUUUUAUGAAUGUACGGUGUCAACUAAGAAACCUAAGAUUGACCACAGGGCGUAUACGUUCAAACUAAAUCCAGAGUCGGGAUCCACGUGCAAAAAUAUGUUGCUGAGUGAUCAACAGUUUAGUAGCACGAUAAGAAAGUUUGUAGAACCGAGACGACAAAGUUACAAUGCAACUCCACUAGAAACAAAAAAAAAGUUCAAGACGAGACGUAAAAGAGGUAGGCCUAUCAAAAUCUAAUAGGCCUACUAUUGUGCAUCUGUGUUAAGGCCAACUCUGACAGCGUCGUACGACGCAGCCCGACGCGAUUUAUCGUCGGGGAUUGUCUAAAGCCAUCUGAGAAUUAAACAUAUUUAAUACAUAUAUAGGCCUAUAUAUAAUUUAUAUAAGAAUAUGUUGAAAAUUGGUUUCCUCCACUGAAGUAUUUCUAAAGUUCAUACAUAAUAUACGGAAGCACCUAAGUGCCAUUCGACUAGACGACU